CGGAACUAAAGUUGAGGGUUUAUUUCACAGGAUUUUUAGUUGAGGGUUUUUUUUACGAUUCAUCUUUAGUUGAGGGGUUUAAUUACUAAAAACCCUAUAAAUAUAUAUGCAAGUUUUAGAUUUGUUAAAUAUUUUAUUUCAAUGAUCCACCAUGAAGUUUUUGUGAUUCGUUGAAUUAUAUUUAUUUUAUAUGUUUAAUAAUAUUCCUAAAGAUUUAAAAAAUAAUAAUAUUCAUUUUUAGAUAAAACAAUUUAUAUUAAAAAUGUCAAAAUAUUAUGACAUCUCCAGCAAUCAAACCCAUAAAUUUUGGGGGUUUUAAUUUUCUAACCGACCCGCAAACCUUUAAAAUAAGGUUUUACUAUUAAGAAACUCAAAAUACUAUAUUUUUACGUUUUAAAUUACUUCUUACAAUUAUAAGUCUUAUAUAUAAUAUUACUAAUAUUAAUUUUGUAUCACUUUAAUAUUCGUAAUCACAUUUCACCUAAAUAUUAAGAUAAAUAUUUUGUAUAUAAUUAUUAUUUACACACAAGAUAUAAGAGUGUUAAAAUUAAAACCAGAAUUAUUAAUCUAAAAUAAUAUCAUGUAAAAUAUAAAUAUUAUAUACAUCCAAUUGGACUAUUUCGUAACUUUUCACUCUAGUUGGAAUUUUUUUAAAAUAAAUUAAGGAUUUGGUAACUUGGUGAAACCAAAAUAUCUAUAAAUAAGUUAUAUAUUACUUAUUUAUAAAAGUUUAGCGAUUCAAGUUAAUUUUAAAAGGUUGAAAACUAAAAUAUAAAAUAUAAAAAUGUAAAGAUAUAUUUGAAAUUUAACUCAACCUUAAAACUUUUAUUUUGAAAAUCAGCCAUUCUUAAAAUAAGGUUAGUUGCAGAAGAUGUCCUUUAUAGAAAGAAGGUUUAGGGGCCAGGGAUACACUCUAAUAUAUAUAGCAUGAAUGCGUUUGCUUUAUGUGUUAAUCAAAGGUCAAUUUCCUUGUAUGGAGGAACAUGCCCAUCUCACAGAAAAGUCUUUCUUGUUAUUUGCAACGAAAAAAAGAUACAACAACUUUAUAAGUCUUUGGCUCUUUUGCAUUGCUUUUCUUCGUCGACUUUUCUUUCAUCCUUGGGGUCAAAAUGAUGUUUAAGGGCUGAAACUUUCCAAGCCUAACAAUUUCUUUUUUUGUUACUAAUUUUCCAAGCUUAACAUUAAACAUCGAAAUGAUUCCUCAAAUGUCAGAUAGAGAAAGCAUCAAAACGUUUAAUGCUGAUGCAUAAGGUUUGCUUCUUCUUUCUUUUUCCACAACAGCUAAGAAAUUUAUUUAAUAUUAUCAUAAAGAUUCUCGUGGGAUUCGGAUAUUCGAUCAAGAGUUGCCAAUAAUCAACGAGCAAAGCACGUUGACCCAUUUUAGAGUUUCAUAUUCUUGUGGUUGGCCAAUAAAUACUUUUCUUUCUUUAAGUUGGAAAAUUAAAUAAAGUAAUUUCCAACACUUUUUUUUUGUUCUUGUAGUAUUAUGGUACUAAUAACCUUUGUUCUUUGGUGAUUUGUUUUCUUUACAGAUAUUAUUGAAUUCUAAAACUGACACAAACGUGUGUGAAUAAAACCCUGUAUAUGGUCAUGAUAUGUAAAUGUCUUGGAAAAUUCAGACUUUUACAAAACUCACACGCAAAAGAUACCAAAAAAUCAAGUCAUAUAUUCGACAAAACAAAACACACAUGUAGAAUGCAAUACUAUAAAUUAAAGAAAAGUGAGAAGGUUUGAAUGGGGUAGAGAGGGGACAAAACAAAAAGAGCCAAAAAAAGUCAACGAGAAGAAGAUGCAACGGAGGAUCAAUGAGAUAGAAGAAGAGGAUGAAGAAGGAUAUGGAAGGACAAGCCUGGAGACUGUGCGAGAGAGCCCGUUUGAAGGAAGCAGUGGAACAGUGUCUUUGAGCGGAGAAGACAACGUAUAUGUUGGAGUUGGUAAAGGAGACUCCAGCAUGGGAGCAUUGUGUUGGGCUCUUGACAAUCUCAUCCCUUCUUCUUCUUCUACUCUUCUUUUCCUCAUCCAUGUCUUCCCUGAGACUCACUUCAUCCCUUACCCUUUGGGGAGGCUGGCGAGGGAGCAAGCUAGUCAGGAACAACUUGAUGCUUUUAUGUCUCAGGAAAGAGAGAAGAGAAGAACUCUGUUGAACAAGUUUCUCCAAGCCUGCUCUGCUUCUAAGGUGAAGGUAGAGACAAUACUGGUAGAGAGUGACUCGGUGGCAAAGGCUAUACAAGACCUCACUACCAUUCUUAACAUUAAGAAGCUUGUUCUUGGGAUCGACAAGUCUAAUGCAAGGAAAGCAAAGUCACUAAAAGGAAACAGUGUUGCAGAACAGAUAAUGAGAAGCUCCGCAGCAGAAACAUGUGAGGUCAAAGUCAUAUGCCAAGGAAAAGAGAUAGAGAUAGAAAAGCCGGCAACGGAGAGAAGCCCCUCCAAGCCCUCAAUACAGCUGCAGCCGAAGAAAGAUCAAUCCAGUGACUCUUUUGCUUGGAUUUGCUUUAGUAAGCCCAAAACUACCAGUUAGUGGAAUGAAAGAUAAAGAUGCAGAUGUAAUACAUUUGUCUGUUAUGUUCUGUGUUUGGAUAGAGGAAGUAAAAAAGAUACUAUGAUAAAAACUAAUAAGGUUAUGAAAAGAGUUACAAACAUUUUAAUAAA